AGAAACCGAGCGCAACGGCAUCGAAACCGUUUUGCGAUCAUUAAUCCGUCCGCGCGCGAAACGUUUCCUCAUCGUAUCGCCACCGUACGCGUCUCGGCUCGCGCUGUGCAACAUCUCCGUUGUCGGUGCGUCGGUUUCGUUUCGCGGUUCUCUGCUGGUGGCCGGCGCGCGUUUUGCGUUUCCCGAACGAAUCGCGAAAGCGAAAGGAUCCCGGCCGCGGCACAAGUGCACGCGCGUCAACGGCAACAGUCUUCUUCUCCGUCCGCACUCGUUCCGUUCGGUCCGGUCGCGAGAAACGUCCGUGCGUGCGUGUAUCAUCAUCCGUCCGCCCAGCCGUCCGGGCCGCCCGCUACCAUGAUGUCGCUGUACAGGACCAUAAGGGGCACCAACGGCACCCAGAAACGCGUCAGGGACAGAAGCUGUCCGUCGUUAUCAGUGCCCAACGACAUGAUAUCCAGACGCCGAAUACUGUCCAGGUCCCGGGACGACCUGAACUUGGACUCGGGAGUAGGAUUUCCCGUCCAGGUGGAAGAAGAAGAGGACGUGUGGUACAACAAGGACAAGCUGUACAAGGACCACAUCCAAGAAGUGCUGGACAAAUGGACGCAAAUCGACGACGAGAUCUGGGCCAAAGUGAUAGUGCUCGAGAGAAACCGCCGUGUGGCCAAGGCCUACGCCCGUGCUCCGAUACUCACAGUGAACGGCUCCGACGAGGGAUUCGACGGAUACAGGAUUGGCGUGAACGGCUUUGACAAUCCGAUGCGGGACCCAAAGACCGAAGAAGUGAAAAAACAAGUGGGCCUUGGCGUCAAAGUGAAAAUGGACGAUCAAGGGAACAUUCUCGUGAAAAGGCUGUCCGGGAAAAACGUCUACGUAAAAAGCAUAGCGAAUUCCGGAGAAGAGACCAGCAUCGGGGCGGACGUGCUCAAAUUACCCAACUACUGUCUGGAGAACGAUAAACCGGUUAAGUUGUUCGACAUGAAAAAAUUCCAACAGAACGUGUCCAGAGAACUGCGCAGAGCGUACCCGGACCGCAGGCGUUUGGAGUGUCAGUGUUUAAGUGCCAUCAGCUUCGUCAAGAACGAACCGGACAUGUUGGACAGCCCCAUAUGGGUGUUAAUCAUUAACGUCGUGGCCAUGGAUAUGCUCAAGUCAAAAUUGCCACCAAUGUACGCAGUGAAGCGCACCACGGUGGACAUCAAGAACCGGCCCAGGAUCCCGAUCCCGGACGAGGACCCGUACAGCAUAGCGGGCGCCAACAUGGUGGCCGCGACCAGGGAACAGCUGAUGAUGCAGACCGCGGCGCGCCGAGGCGACAAGCCGCCGAAACUGCCGCCCAGGGACCCUUCCAACCCGUACCCGCACGACAUACCCAAGCCGGACUACGAUGACAUCGAAGAAGAAGAAAACAGAUUGGCCGGCACCAUGAAACAGUUUACCUCGUCCAGGGGAAAGGACAAAGUCAAGGACAACAAUAAGAAAUACGACGACCCGUACUAUUGCGGACUGAGAGCCAGAGUGCCGAACUUCGUCAAGACCUCGAACGGCAAGACCAAGGAGGCGGGCAAGGACGUGCAUGUCGGCCCGAAAAUGAGCACAGCCGUGCCGCCGUCCCGGUACCAGCUGCAGAACUCGAUGGCCCUGUCCAACGGACACCUGGCCACCACCAACAUGCACUACCAUCAUCACACGCAGCCCGCCAUGUGGCACACGCGCAGCUUCGACAGCGGAAUGGACGCCGAAGUGUUCGAUUCGCCGUACAACCACAUCUACGGACGGCUGCCCAUACCCACCCGAGGAUACAUACCCACGAAUCACAGGACUCCGAUGUACGUCGGCGAGUGGGACUAGAGCGCGCGAGCAGCAACUUUUCCACGUUAUAUAUAUAUAUUUAUGUAUAAUAUCUUUAUUAUAUAUUCAUAUAUAUGUUAGAUUAUACGAUGAGCUACAUUCGCAGAGGAUGUCGCGAAGAGGAACGACGACGACUUCUCGAUAGUUAUUUAAAAAUAAGAAAAUAUAUUCAAAAAGCGUAAAAAAAAAAUUAAUUUUAAACAAAAGUUAAAUAUAUUAUAGGUUCUUUCGUUUUGUUCUCGACUGAUGGACAUGUAUAUAUAUAUAUAUAUAUAUAUAUAUAUAUAUAUAUACAUUGCUACAUUAUACAUAUAUACACACACUUGCUCGCGCGACAAGCUCAGACUCGAUUUCGUGAGCUUUUUAUUACUAUUUUUUUUUCUUAUUCUAAUUCUUAAUACAUAUUAUAUAUUGUGUAUGUAUUUGCGAUUUAUUAUUAUUAUUAUUAUUAUUAUUUUUAUUUUUUACUUAGUUAGUCAGGAUACGAAACGCAUGGAAACUCCGCGCCGCUCCCGCACUCCACGGGAAGAAAACGAAUAGCAUUUGGCUUAGAAAAACGUUUUUGUAUGAAAAAAAAAUAGAAAAGGAAACCAAUAAUUCUUUUAAAAAUCCGAAGACCGACCCGGCGCGCGUCUUCGCACAGUUAUCUGUACACUAUAUAAACGCUGUGUCCGGAGUUUCGUUGCGUUUCGUACAUAGAUAAAAUAGUAUUAUUAUUAUUAUUAUUAUUAUUAUUAUUAUUAUUAUUAAAACGUAAAUUGUAUAUUACAUACUCACGACUCGUACGACGAACAAAAAAUAGAUGAAUGCAACGCGAUAGUUUAAUAGUAAUAAUAGUUGUAUUAUCAUCGUUAUAAUUGUUACUGUUCGUGCGAUAAAUAUGAACUGAAAAAAAAAAAAAAUUGAAAAAAAAUAAAUAAAAAUAGCGUUCGAACGGCAAAAGAAAGAGUUUGUAAACAAGUUCACGACUGUGUACAUAUUUGUUUGUGCGUAACCGAACGCGCGUGUACCAUACGUAUUUAUAAAUAAUAUACAAAUCAGAACGGUUUUUAUAAUAAUACGUAAAAAAAUAUACGAAAAUAAUAAAUACCAACCGGUGUAGGGAGACGUAAAAUCGGUCGAACAUUCUUCGCGUAAAAAUAUAAUAUUUUAAUAAUUUACGUAACACGAUGUUUAGUUUAAUUUCUAUACAAACCAUAUGAAUAUCCUUGUAUGUUAUUGUAUAAAAAUAAUUUAUAUACGUAA